GAGAGAACUUGGUCCCGCCCAGUGACAGACAUACGUGCUCUUUUUUGUGCUUUUUCCUGACUCUUGGAACAUGGAUGCAACAUUGCUGCGAGUCCUUGCUCGAUAAUCGGUUAGCACGGAAAGGAAAAUACUGUUUUAAAAAAAGAGCGAUGUCUUGCUUGAAAAGUAAGCGUAAAAGGACGCAAGCUGAGGAACGUGUUCAUCAGAAGCAAGUGAAGAAAGUUGCACGAGAGAACGGGAAACGUCUCGGCUUGGAGGGUGACCCAGAUCUGCAGUUCCUGCUGGCUGGUGGUUCUCUGACCAAGGUUCGAUCGCGCUCCUGGCAGAAGGUUCGCUUCUACAAGCUGCAGGAGGACUGCAAGACCGUGUGGUACGAGUCCAACAAGUUCUUCAAGCGCAAACAGACGUUCUCCAUCGAUGACGUGGACUCUGUGCGCAAUGGCCGCCAGUCGGAAGGUCUCAACAAGAACACCAAACCGACCGAGGAGGAUCGCUGCUUCUCCAUCGUCUUCAAGGGCCGCAAGAAGGUCCUGGACCUGAUGGCCGGCGAUGAUCAGGAGGCCGACCGGUGGGUCAAAGCACUCAAUAAGGUCAUCGGCAACAUGCGCAGCCUCAGCCGCCAGCAGAAGGGCGAGCACUGGAUCAUCGACUGCAUGCGGAAAGCUGACAAGAAUGACGACAACAAAAUGAACCUGAAGGAGCUCAAGCGCUUCCUGCGACACAUCAACAUAGAAGUGGACGACACCUAUGCCGAAGAACUCUUUAAGAAAUGCGACCAUUCCAACUCGGGCUCCCUGGAAGACUCAGAGAUCAAGCACUUUUACGACCUGCUGACCCAUCGGGAGGAGAUUGACGUCAUCUACGGCAACUACGCCCAAACGGAGGGUCAGAUGAGCAUGCGAGAUUUCCUCAACUUCCUGUUGAAUGAGCAGAGGGAGGAGACCACCACGGCGGAUGCUGUCAGACUCAUCGACAAAUACGAGAUGGAUGAAACAGCCAAACAGAAGAAGCACAUGACCAAAGACGGCUUCCUGAUGUACCUCCAACACGAAGACUGCGCCAUCUUCAACCCCGCCCACAAGGACGUGUACCAGGACAUGAACCAGCCUCUCAACCAUUACUACAUCUCCUCCUCGCAUAACACCUAUCUCACCAAAGACCAACUCAAAGGGCCCAGCAGCACCGAGGCCUACAUCAGAGCUCUCAUGAAGAGCUGUCGCUGUGUGGAGCUGGACUGUUGGGACGGUGCCAACGGAGAGCCCGUCAUCUACCACGGCUACACGCUCACCUCCAAAAUCCUCUUCAGAGACGUCAUCCAAGUCAUCAAAGACUACGCCUUCAAGACGUCCGACUACCCGGUCAUCCUGUCCUUGGAGAACCACUGCAGCGUGGACCAGCAGAGGCUCAUGGCCCAUCACAUCGUCUCCAUCCUGGGGGAUGCCUUGGUCACAAAGCCCCUCGGGACAAACCUGCCUACCACCUUCCCCUCGCCCCAGGAACUGAAAGGCAAGUUCCUCGUCAAGGGAAAACGCCUGAACAAACUAGACACCGCGUUCAGCUACAACAACAACACCAUGGAGGAGGGCUCCGUGUCCGAGGAGGAUGAGGCCGCGGAGCAGGAGAACGGACAGAGAGCCCACCAAAAGAAAUCAAAGAUCAAACUUGCUAGAGAGCUGUCGGACAUCGUCAUCUACUGCAAGAGCGUCCACUUCAAUGGCUUUGAACACGCCAGAGAAAACCUGGCGUUCUACGAGAUGUCCUCCUUCAAGGAGAGCAAAGCCUUCAACCUGGCUGACAGCUCAGCCACCGCCUUCAUCCACCACAAUAUGGACAAGCUCAGCAGGAUCUACCCCGCCGGCUCCAGAACCGACUCCUCCAACUACAAUCCGGUGCCCUUGUGGAACGCCGGCUGUCAAAUAGUGGCUCUCAACUUCCAGACUCCCUCCAAGGAGAUGCACAUCAACCAGGGCCGCUUCCUAUCCAACGGAGCGUGCGGAUACAUCCUGAAACCGGAAUUCCAGAGAACCACGUCCUCGGACUUUGACCCCAACGUGCUGUCCAGAGGACCCUGGUUGAGACAUAAGACGCUUCAUGUCAUGGUGAUCUCAGCUCAGCAGCUGCCCAAGCUCAACGUGGAGAAGCAGAAGUCCAUCGUGGAUCCUCUGGUGAGAGUGGAGAUCUACGGCGUGCCGACAGACAACGCCAGCAAGGAGACGCACUACAUCGACAACAAUGGGUUCAACCCCAUGUGGAACGAGCGCUUCCAGUUUGACAUCCUCGUUCCUGAGCUGGCCAUGGUGAGAUUUGUGGUGGAGGAUUACGACACCACGUCGCAGAAUGAUCUCAUCGGACAAUACUGCCUGCCGCUCACCUCCGUACAGAACGGAUAUCGCAACGUCCCGCUCCUGAACAAGAACGGAGACGCCAUCGGCUCGUCCGGCCUCUUUGUGCACAUCAUGCUCCUGGAUGGCGAGUAGCGCAGGAGAAACGUGUUGUCUCGCCAGGUGCCAUUCUCUGCAGUCACUGUCUUUUGACGUCAUGAGUGCUUUUAAUGACAAAGCCAAGAUGAACAAAUGGAUAAAGUAUUUGUCCCGCUUCGUUGGGCCGAGAAGUGCAGACUAUAAAGGACGCAGAGGAUCAUUCAUUUAAACUGACAUGUCUUUUUCUGCCAUACUAAGGCUUUCAUAACUCGGCUUCAUAAUCUCAGUAUGAAAGUCGAAUGAUGUUCACACACACAUCAUGUGACUUUUUGUCUGCGUAACUCACUUAAAACGCUUGUGAUCUGCCUUUGAUUGAGUACAUUCUGUCUUUAUUUUGUUACACAACAUCAGUUCCAAUUGCAUGUCUCCACUCUUUUCCACGACUGUUCCAAUAAAAGCCUCCCAGCAAGCACGGCUCGUGUGGUUAU